AUGGUCGUCCACGUACGCGGUUGCAAUUUCAGCACCACAGACAGCUCCCUGCCCGGCUCCGGCCUCAGCACCGACGCCACCCUGCGGGACUCCCCGGCGUCCCAAAACCCCGGCGGGCUGAGCCGGACCGGCCACACGCUGGUGGCAGUAUGCCUCGGCUUCAUCUUGGUGGCGGGGAUCCUCAACAACUUCCUCGCGUUGCUCGUCUUCGCAAAGUUUCGCUCGCUCUGGACGCCCAUCAACCUGAUCCUGUUGAACAUCAGUCUGAGCGACAUCCUCGUCUGCGCUUUCGGGACACCCUUCAGUUUUGCUGCGAGUCUGCACGGGAGGUGGCUCAUCGGAGAGCACGGCUGCAAGUGGUACGGGUUCGCCAAUUCCCUCUUCGGGAUUGUGUCCCUGGUGUCCCUGUCUGUUCUCUCCUAUGAGCGCUGCACCACCGUGCUGCGUUGCUCCCAGGUUGACAUCUCUGACUACAGGAAGGCCUGGCUCUUUGUCGGAGGCUCCUGGCUCUACUCUCUCCUCUGGACACUGCCUCCCUUCCUGGGUUGGAGCAGCUAUGGGCCCGAGGGACCUGGUACCACAUGCUCUGUCCAGUGGCACCUCCGCUCACCCACCAGCGUGUCAUAUGUGUUGUGUCUCUUCAUCUUCUGUCUGCUGCUGCCCCUUCUACUAAUGGUCUACUCUUAUGGCCGAAUACUGGUUGCAAUCAGGAGGGUGGGUAAGAUCAAUCUGCUGGCAGCUCAGCGCAGAGAGCAGCACAUUUUGGUGAUGGUGUUGUCCAUGGUGUCCUGCUACAUUCUGUGCUGGAUGCCCUACGGCAUCAUGGCCCUGAUAGCGACCUUCGGUAGGCUGGGACUGGUCACUCCCAUGGCUAGUGUGGUGCCCUCGGUCCUGGCCAAGUUCAGCACUGUCAUCAACCCCGUCAUCUACAUGUUCUGCAACAAACAGUUUUAUAGAUGCUUUGUUGCAUUGAUGAAGUGCAGCGGGGAACCGCAGUCUGUUCAAAGAGAGGAGCAGCCAGCCCCACGGACACAGCUUUCAGGCUUCUUCCCUGGUCAUAGACGAGCAUCUCUCACCUCUGCACAACCUCCUUUGCAAAUCUGCGGCGUGUCCAGAGACGCCGCCCUCUACGGCCGGCACAGUGAAUGCCACACACUUGUUGUCCACUACACUCCAUGA